CCAGUUCCCAGAUAAGCUCACAGCUUUCAACGAGGGAGGAACCAGAGAAAACUCCUCAGAGGGUUUCACAGGGGUUGGAACCUGAACAUAGUACCGGAGGUGACUGAAUAUUCCAGCAUCGGAUGGAUCUCAGCCAGCAGCUUAAAUGGUGUCAGAGUCUCAUCAGCAGAACACUGUGCAGGUGGAGACAAUUGGUGAUGCCUAUUGUGUCGCUGGUGGCUUGCACAAGGAGAGCGAGACCCACGCUGUCCAAAUUGCACUCAUGGCUAUAAAGAUGAUGGAGCUUUCAGACGAAUGCAUGACGCCAACAGGGGAACCAAUACAGAUGCGCAUUGGCCUCCACAGUGGGUCAGUACUGGCAGGUGUAGUUGGAGUCAUGAUGCCACGCUACUGCCUUUUUGGGAACAAUGUUACACUGGCGAACAAGUUUGAGUCUUGCAGCCAACCCAGAAAAAUCAACAUMAGCCCAACAACCCACAGGUUGCUGAGAGGUCGCCCAGAGUUUGUCUUUGUUCCCAGGAGCAGACAGGAGCUUCCGCCCAACUUCCCAGAAGACAUCCCUGGUGUUUGUUACUUUUUGGAAGCGGCCUUCAAAACUUCAAAACCUUCUAAGAAAUGAAGCCAAACUGCCACGAGUCCAGAAAAUGUUCGAUAUGAGAAAAAAAAAAGUCAAGGAAUUACAGCGCAACUAAAAUACAUUCUGUGAUUUUAUUGGAGUUGUUUCAUUGUCAAAACUCUCACAGCAGCUGCUUACAAAGAUGUCAGUUUGUUGUCAGACAUGUUGUCUCUGUAUUAUUAUCUAUUUGUACAGUUGUGGUAGAAAGAAACACACUUCAUUUUCUUCCAGAAUGAGUCAUCUCUGCAAUUUAAUAUAUUUGUGCUUUCAUGUCUUGCUUCCACCACAGAGAUGCAGAUUGUCACGGAAAGACUUUAGGACUGUUUUGUUCUUUUUAACAAAGAGGUGCAAAAUACAUAAAAACACAGUAAUUGUUGCCAAAAAUAAAAUAAAAUAAACCUAAAAAARGCAAUUUUUUUUUAGAAAAAKAACUAUUGUCCUACACAGUGAGAUUGUUACUGUAUUUUUGUUACAUGACAUAGUUAUAUUUGUUAUAAAAAAUACAUUUUGGAUGUGAUGUAGCUCAACAAAUAGUGCUCUGUAAURAUGUGUAAAUUUAUGCAUACACAGACUUGCUGAAGCACCUUGCCUCGAUGGUAGAAAAGCAAUCAAAUAAAUACAAAAAAUCAAAAG